UUUCAUUUCUCACCAAUGAAAAAGCAGAAGAAAAAAAGCAAGGGAUAUGGCUUCCUACCUUUACCUUCUCUUUGCUGUUUACUUCACAGUUUCCCAGGCACAGCCAUUUAAAGCUGUGAAUUUAGGAAAUUGGCUCGUCACAGAAGGCUGGAUGAAUCCUUCUAUCUUUGAUGGAAUCACCAACAAAGAUCUUCUGGAUGGAACUCAUGUCCAGUUGAAGUCUACAAAGCUGCAGAAGUAUCUUUGCGCAGAAAAUGGAGGUGGAACCUCUUUUGUAGCCAAUCGCCCCAGUCCUUCUGACUGGGAAACUUUCAGAUUGUGGAGGAUCAAUGACACAUAUUUCAAUUUGAGGGUGCUGAACAAGCAGUUUGUGGGAUUGGAAACUCAAGGAAACAAACUAGUAGCUGUUUCAAAUACUGCUGGAGACCCUGAAACAUUUCACAUUAUGAGGAAUACUGAUGAUCCUACUCGAGUUCGCUUCCAAGCAUCAAAUGGCCAAUUCCUUCAGGCGCAGUCAGAGACAUCGGUGACUGCAGAUUGUGGAGGCUCUGCUGCUAGUUGGGAAGACAGUGAUCCAUCUGUCUUUAUAAUCAACAUUGUGAGAACUUUACAAGGUGAAUACCAAAUCACAAAUGGUUAUGGCCCAGAUAAAGCACCUAAAGUUCUACAAGAUGGAACUCAUGUCCAGUUGAAGUCUACAAAGCUGCAGAAGUAUCUCUGUGCAGAAAAUGGAGGUGGAACCUCGCUUGUAGCCAAUCGCUCCAUUCCUUCUGACUGGGAAACUUUCAGAUUGUGGAGGAUCAAUGACACAUAUUUCAAUUUGAGGGUGCUGAACAAGCAGUUUGUGGGAUUGGAAACUCAAGGAAACAAACUAGUAGCUGUUUCAAAUACUGCUGGAGACCCUGAAACAUUUCACAUUAUAAGGAAUACUAAUGAUCCUACUCGAGUUCGCUUUCAAGCAUCAAAUGGCCAACUCCUUCAGGCACAGUCAGAGACAUCGGUGACUGCAGAUUAUGGAGGCUCUGUUUCUGGUUGGGAAGACAGUGAUCCAUCUGUCUUUAUAAUCAACAUUGUCAGAACUUUACAAGGUGAAUACCAAAUCACAAAUGGUUAUGGCCCAGAUAAAGCACCUAAAGUUCUACAAGAUCACUGGAACACUUACAUCAAAAGCGAGGAUUUCAACUUCCUGUCAUCAAAUAAUAUAAGUGCUGUGAGAAUUCCAGUUGGAUGGUGGAUAGCACACGAUCCAACACCACCAAAACCUUUUGUUGGGGGAUCCUUAAAAGCCUUAGAUAAUGCUUUCACUUGGGCAGAGAAAUACGGAAUAAAGGUAAUUGUUGAUUUGCAUGCAGCUCAGGGUUCACAAAAUGGGAAUGAACACAGUGCAGCAAGGGAUGGCUUUCAGGAAUGGGGAGAUUCCUACAUACAAGUUACAGUAGCUGUAAUUGACUUCCUAGCGGCAAGAUAUGCAAACAGGCCAAGUCUUGCAGCAAUAGCAUUGAUGAAUGAGCCUCAGGCCCCAGGCAUCAGUCUAGACACUCUUACAAAGUAUUAUCAAGCAGCUUAUGAAGCUGUCAGGAAGUACACUCAAACUGCUUAUGUGAUUCUUUCAAACAGGCUAGGACCUGCUGAUCCAACUGAAUUGCUCUCGUUUGCAAGCACCCUUAAUCUUGUAGCCAUUGAUGUGCAUUACUACAACCUGUUUUGGGAUGGUUUCACGAAAAUGAGCGUACAACAGAAUAUUGAUUUCAUCUAUAAUUCGCGUUCUAACGAUCUCAGGAAAGUGACCACUACAAAUGGUCCCCUCAGUUUUGUUGGGGAAUGGACUGCAGAAUGGAAUGUAAAGGGAGCAUCAAAGGAAGAUUACCAAAAGUUUGCUAAAGCUCAACAGGAAGUUUAUGGGCGAGCCACUUUUGGAUGGGCAUAUUGGGCUUAUAAGUGUGCGAGUCGCCACUGGAGCCUCAAGUGGAAUAUCGAGAACAAUAUUAUACAUCCUUAGGUUUCCAAUAUGGGAUGCUAUAGCCUAUAAUAUUCUAGUUCAAGUCAGUAGUUUGAUUAGGCAACUUAUCUUGGGUUGCAUUUGGGUCACUAAGAAUUGGAUAUGGCACGAAGAGAGUUGGAAAAAUCUAAUUAUUUAAGAUUUGGAUGUAAGCAAAUACUCAAUAAAUGGAUAUCUUGGACUUCAUAACUA